AGUUGAGAUCGAGAAGGAGACAUGAAGACAUUCACGCUGAGUUUUCUCCUGAGCCUUUCGGCUGCAGCGUUCUGCAUGCCGGUGCUGCAGCCUACAGAUCAGGAUCAACAGUUUGCAGAGCACUACCUGAAGAAUUUUUUUAACCUGACAGAGGAGAGUGGCCCAACACUCAGAAGGGGCUUCAGCUCAGUGGCUAAGAAGCUGAUGGAGAUGCAAAAGUUCUUUGGCCUUAAGAUCACGGGGACCCUGGAUGCAGAUACCUUGACCAUGAUGAAGAAGCCGCGCUGUGGUGUUCCAGACGUAGACGUCGCUCAAUUCACCACUUUUGGAAACAAUCUGAAAUGGGAGAAAAACGACCUCACAUACAGGAUAGAGAACUACACACCUGACAUGUCGACUUCAGAGGUGGAUGAUUCCAUCGAGAAAGCUCUUGGGGUUUGGGCCAAAGUUACUCCCCUCACAUUCACAAGAACUUACAGUGGCACAGCAGACAUCAUGAUCUCCUUUGGCCGCAGGGCGCAUGGUGAUUUUUACCCCUUUGACGGCCCUGAUGGCACUCUUGCACACGCCUUUGCUCCUUCUCCCGGAAUCGGAGGUGACGCUCACUUUGACGAUGACGAGACCUUCACCUUCCGCUCCACGGCAGGCUACGUCCUCUUUAUGGUUGCAGCCCAUGAGUUCGGCCACUCUUUGGGAUUGUCCCACUCCAAAGAUCCUGGCGCUCUAAUGUACCCUAUGUACUCGUACCAAGACCCAGACACGUUCAUUCUGCCGCAGGAUGAUGUCAGAGGCAUCCAGUCACUUUAUGGUCCAAACAAACAAGUUCCUCCUGGACCAACUGCCCCACCCACUCCUGAUGCCUGUGAUUUCUCUCUGGUCUUGGAUGCUGUAGCCACACUACGAGGAGAAAUGCUAUUCUUUAAGAACAGCUUCUUGUGGCGUAACUUCCCUCAGAGUUAUACACCUCAGCAAACUUUGAUAGCAAACUUCUGGCCUGAAGCCCCUGCUAGUGUUGAUGCUGCUUAUGAGAGUCAACAGUCAGACAGAGUCUAUCUCUUUAAAGGCCGUAGAGUUUGGGCUUUCAGCGGCUAUGAUCUUGUUCAGGACUAUCCCAAAUCAAUUUCCAGCUUUGGUUUGCCCAAGGACAUCAAGAAAGUUGAUGCCGCCCUCUAUGAUCCAGAGACCAGCAAGACUCUCUUUUUUGUUGGCAGGAGUUACUACAGCUAUGAUGAGACCAAGAAGACAAUGGAUACAGGAUUCCCCAAGCAAGUGGAUGAGACCUUCUUUGGAAUGACCAGCAGGGUGACAGCAGCUUUACAGUACAGAGGAUUCACUUACCUCUACAGCGGCCCCUACAUGUAUGAGUUCAGCUCAAGGACCGGACGAAUGUUGCGUGUGCUGAGAAACAAUUACUUCCUACCCUGCAACAACUAUUAGAUGAGCUUUUAAAGAAACCCAUAACAAUGAAGGUUCAAAUCAAUCAGAAUUCCAUCCAUAAUUUAAAACGCAUCCUAUUUGUACCAUAGUAUUGUCA